CUAGAGAUUUUUUAAUUUUUCUACAAAUGAUAUGAUAUUGUUUUUUUGUGAGAUUUUAUUAUAAUAUUUUCUUUGUUCAAAUUAUGUGGUUAUUUUGAGAUUAAUUAUGAGAUAUAAAUGGCUAUACGUGCUUUAAUUCUUCACUCAUUCCCUGUAAAUUUCAGACCAUUGAAUCCUAAUCAUGGCUAGGAAGAAACAGUGCAAAUCUGCUGUAACCGGAAGUACUAGGGUAUUAAGGCCGCGAAAAACACGAGAUGCAAAAGCUAAUGACAGGGAUACGGUGAAGGUCCCUAAAGCCAGUGAAAAGCUUAAGACUGAAGAUGCUGGGACAGCUGAUAUUGUUAUAAAGAGAGAACCGGAGGACUCUGAGGGUGCUCGUAGUCAAGCGAAAAAAUUAAAGACCAUGCAUAAGACUCACAUGGAUGGAGAUGGUGAACGUGGAAGCACUCGAAUACUCAGAAGCAGUAUAAAGAAAGAAAAGGAAGCAGAGGAGGAAGUUGUUAAUGCAAAUGAUAAAACUCCUGAAAUUUCUUCUUCACUUGCUACUGACUUUGCUGGUCCAGAAUCCUCGGGUAAAAGCGUCACAGGAUCUGUUUCCAGGCGUCGGGGGAGAAAGGCACAACGUAAGUAUCACUGGAUAAGCGUAAGCGUAAGCCUAACCAAAAAGCAAUGGGAGCAGAUGAAAUCACAUUUUGGGAGAAUUUAGACAUCAUGCCAGAUGCUUGAGAACCAACUUUUGACCAUUCUAUUUGAUCGUUAUCAUUUAGAAGUUAUAGAUUCUUCCAUUUUUGUGAUUCUUCGUUGGUGCUUAGAGUUUAUGUGAAACCUGGUUUAUGCUCAUUCGUAUUUUGGAUGCAGGUACUGUAUAAGUG